AUGACUAGGAGGUCCAACAAGGACAACCUAGUUGAACAUCCAGAGAUAGACAAGCUUGAGAAGCAACUUAGGAAGCAAAAAGCCCAAGAGAUGGCCGACGAAGCAGCUCGCGCUCACGCCGCUGAAGUGGCGCGCGCUCAAGAAGAAGGAAGAGAUCCACCUCCUCCUCCUCCUAAUCCACCCUGCUGGAGAUGUGAAUGUGCACAACCUCAAGCUGGAGCACCUACAAUCGGAGACUAUGACUCUGCCGAUGCUUUCUUCAUGGAUAGAAACCCUAUCCAUCCACCACUUCCUGCAAGGAAUGACUAUGAGAUCAAGCCUCAGAUCAUAGCAUUGGUUAGACAGAACCAAUUCAAUGGCCUUCCAGCUGAGCACCCUCUUGAUCACAUAGAAAACUUUGAAGAAAUUUGCAGCACUACAAGAUCCAAUGGAGUCUCUGCUGACUACUUGAAGUGCAAGCUCUUUUCAUUCUCUCUUGGCGACAAAGCUUCAAGAUGGUUGAAGUCUCUGCCAGCUCACUCCAUUACCACUUGGGAUGAGUACAAGGCCGCUUUCAUCAACCACUUCUACACCAAGCAAAGAUCAAUUUCUGUAAGGAACAAGAUCUCCAACUUUCGCCAAGCCAACAAUGAAUCUUUCUAUGAGGCGCUAGACCGAUUCAAGGAGUACAUUAGGGACUGCCCUAAUCAUGGUUUCAAUGAGGGAAACCUAUGGAACAUCUUCUAUCGUGGCAUAGACCACAAGUACAAGCUUUCAUUGGACACUGCAAGCAAUGGAAACUUCAUGACCAAGACUGUUGAUGAAGCUAAGGUUCUUAUUGAGAAUCUUGCAGCUAGUGAUUGUAACAACUGUCCUGAUUAUGACCGCUCAAGCCGCACCACUACUAGCUCCCCUGAUUCUUUUCAAAUGACUGAACUCAAGAACAUGAUGGCUCAAGUUCUUAAGGGACAGCUCAAGCAUAUCAAUGCAAUAGAAGGGAUGAGUGAUGCUAAUGAAGACCCAUCAAGAGAAUGCAUGGGAGAUUUCUCUAAUGAAGCCAAUGAAGAAGAUGUGAACUACAUUGGAAACUAUGGGAACAAGGGAUACAAUCCAAGCUAUCGCCCAAACCCCAACAUGUCUUAUAGAAACCCCAAUGUGGAGAAUCCUCAAGACCAAGUGUAUCCUCCAAGGUAUCCACAACAACAAAGACCUCCUUACCAAUCUCAAGGAAGUCAAUUUCAGCCAAGGCAAGGAUAUGAGCAGAGAUCAUCAUAUCCGCCCAAGGAGCCAUAUGCUUCUUCACCAAAUCAAGCUCCUCCAAACCAACAAGGUGGGAGAUUUGAAGGAAUCCUCCAACAGAUCAUGGAUGGCCAGAAGAGAAACACUAAAGAGAUGUAUGAGAAGAUGGACACUUUGUUCAGCAAUCUCAACACCAAGUAUGAUGCUGUUGCCACUCAUGUGAAGAAACUAGAGACUCAAGUCACUCAAACUAUGGAAGCUGUUAAGAGACAGGAAGCUGAAUCCAAGAAGUCCUUUUGCAACUCAGCCGCCAUAGAAGAAAGAUUUGAAGACCAAGUUCCAGAAUGGAUGCUUUCAAAACCUACUGUUGAUUGCAUGAUUUGGCCUGAAGAGAAUUACCCAGAGAGAGAGUCCAAUCGAGCUAGAAAGAGAAGACUCUUCCCAAAGAUUAUCCCCAAGACAGAUAACUCAGGAAAGUUUGUUGUGCCUUGUAUCAUCAAAGGUAACAUUCUUGAGCAAUCUUUGUGUGACACAGGAGCCAAUGUGAACAUCAUGUCUAAGAGGAUAGCUGACAAGAUAGGCCUCACCAAGAUAGAGCCAUCAUCCAUCUCCAUCAACUAUGCUGAUUCAUUCUCACAAACCCCUAUGGCUUUGUGCCUAAUGUGA